AUGAAUGAUUUACUGCUUGUUUGGAGUCUGAAGACGUGCAUUUGGCUUCGAGAAGAUGAUGGUAUUGAGAAUCCUUGUUUGGACCAAGCGAGUGACAACACCCCACUGCAAGCUAUGGGUAUCCUUGUUACACAGGCAGCCGUUUCAACUGAAAAGGUUGGUUCUAAGGGUGCCUGGUUGAACAUGCUGGCUACAGCAAGUGCAAGCAGAUGCUUAUCUAGUCUUGUGAAA